AUGGACAUCCCGGACACGAACACCCCGGGCAUGGGCAUCCCGGUCAUGAAUAUCCCGGUCAUGAAUAUCCCGGUCAUGAAUAUCCCGGUCAUGGAUAUCCUGGACAUGGGCAUCCUCAUCCAUAUCCUUAUCCAUAUCCCACAUAUCCUGGUUACCCAUUUCCUGGUUUCCCCUAUCCCGGCUUUCCGUACCCAGGCCUCCCCUUUCCUGGUUACCCCUACCCUGGCUACCUGUAUCCUAGCUACCCGCAUCCAGGUUACCCAGAGCACCAUCCUCAUCCUCGGCCCAGGCCAAGACCGACACCAGCACCACGACCUGAUUCGCAAAGAACAAAGCUAUCCCAGUUAUCCCAGCUAUCCAUAUUACCCGGACUGGCCCUAUGGCUAUCCAAGCUAUCCGCACCAUCCAAGACCACCGCCAAGACCGGAAGAUCCCGAAGAUCCCCAAGAUCCAGUGCCACCACCGCCGCCACCACCACCACCACCGCAACCGCAUCCUGGUCAUCCACAGCAUCCUGACCACCCUGGUCAUCCUGGUCAUCCCGGUUCACAUCCUGGCCACCCAGGUAAUCCCGGUCCAUAUCCUGGUUAUCCGUAUCCUGGUUAUCCGUAUCCUGGCUAUCCCUAUCCUGGCUACCCCUAUCCCGGCUACCCCAAACCCGGACGUCCUACGCCCAGGCCCACCAGACGCCCAACUAGGCCACCCACAACACCCCAGUCGCAAAUCUGCAAGAAAAUAAUUCCACUGGGCAUUGUCUGCUUCUAA